CCCACCGUGGAGACCCCUUCCUCUCCACACAAGCACUCCACCUCCUCCGCGGCUUACCAACCUAGCCCGUCACUGACACGCCGCCCCCACCACAGAUCCCGGCCACCAUGGACCAGGACCUCAAGGACCGGCUCCUCCUCCCUCCCCGCGCCGCCUCGAACGGGCCCCACCGCCGCGGCAAGCCCGCGGCGCCAGGCGGCGGCGGAGGUGGGGGUGGCGUGACGAUCGACGUCCACGGCCUGAAGAAGCGCGGCGGCGGGCGGCGCUCGUGGGUGCGGGUGGACGCGGCGACGGGCGCGGCCGAGGCGGUGGAGGUCGCCAAGCCGGCGCUCAUGCGGCGGCUCGACCUGCCCGCGCGCGACCUCCGCCUCCUCGACCCGCUCUUCGUCUACCCCUCCGCCAUCCUCGGCCGCGAGCGCGCCGUCGUCUGCAACCUCGAGCGGAUACGGUGCAUCAUCACCGCUGACGAGGCGCUCGUCCUGCGCGACCCCGACGCUGACGGCGGAGCCGCUGCGGAGGAGGCCGUGCGGAGGUACGUCGACGAGCUGCAACGCCGUCUCGUGGACCGCGCCGACGACCUGCCCUUCGAGUUCAUCGCUCUGGAGGUCGCGCUCGAAGCCGCCUGCUCCUUCCUAGACGCUCAGGCUGUUGAGCUGGAGGCUGAAGCUUAUCCACUGCUAGAUGAGUUAACGGCCAAAAUCAGUACCCUUGACUUGGAGCGUGCUCGACGCCUAAAGAGCAAGCUGGUUGCAUUGACUAGGAGGGUCCAAAAGGUCAGAGAUGAGAUAGAGCAAUUGAUGGACGACGAUGGUGAUAUGGCUGAAAUGUACCUCACGGAAAAGAAGAUGAGGAUGGAAGCAUCAUCAUUGGACGAGGAGGGCCUUCAAGGAGUUGCUGGAAAUAAUGCCUUUGGUGCAUCCGUCUCUGCUCCAGUUUCACCAGUUUCGUCGCCCCCUGCGCCCCGGCGGCUUGAGAAGCAAUUUAGUUUUGCUAGAAGCAGGCACAGCAGCUUCAAGAGCUCAGAGAGCAGUCAAUAUAACAUAGAAGAACUGGAAAUGUUGCUGGAGGCUUACUUUGUGGUUAUUGACUACACUCUCAGCAAAUUAACUUCGCUGAAGGAGUAUAUUGAUGACACAGAGGAUUUCAUCAAUAUCCAGCUGGAUAAUGUCCGGAACCAACUGAUCCAGUUCGAGCUGCUGCUGACCACCGCUACGUUUGUGGUAGCCAUCUUCGGGGUUGUCUCUGGGGUCUUCGGCAUGAACUUUGAGGGGGUCGCUGUGCUUAAAGUGCCUCACGCUUUUGAGUGGACGCUCAUCAUAACGGGUGUUUGUGGCGCGGUCAUAUUCGCCUGCCUCCUGUGGUACUUUAAGAAGAGAAGGUUCUUCCCCUUGUAAAAUGUAUUCUUGCAACCUUCUGCUGCAUGUUGCAGAAAGCAGCAUUCGGCAGUUCAUUAUUUUACCAGCUUCGCUGGCGUGCAAUUGUACAUACUUUUUCUCCUUUGUUCCAGUGAAUAUACACAAUGUUGGAGCUGCA